AUGCCCGCCAUCACCCCACCAUCUAUCGAAGAGCUCAUGGGCCCAUUUACAGCCAGCAUAGAUAUUGCUAUCCUCCUGUAUGGGAUUGUUACUGCACAAGUAUACUUUUAUUGGUGGGCAUCACAGGAGGACUCGAAAUUGCUUCGUUUCUUAAUCGCAUCCGUAUGGUGUUUGGAGACCGCACACACGGUGUUCUGCAUAGACAUAAAUUAUCACUACACGAUCAUCGAUUUUGGGAACCUUGAAGGCGUCCUUCAGAUUGCUUGGAGUGCUGGGGCUAAAGUACUCGCAGAAGUCCUUAUUCUUUCUGAUCUGGCGAACCUGGAUAUAAGGUCUGUGACGCUGAUCUCCAUACUGACAAUCUUGCUCUUCAUGCGCAUCGCGUUCGGGUUGGCAACAGCGAGCUUCAUGUGGAAACUCGAUACCUGGAAUGAGUUCAGAAUAUUCAACGGAGCGAUGAUUGUGGCUACAUGUUUCAUUGGCUUUUCAGGAGUUCUGGACGCAUUCAUCGCUCUCAGCCAGAUUUACUAUCUCUGGACUAGCCGUACAGGCUACCAGGCGUGA